GCGACCCAGAUCUUGCUCCCCAAGAGCGCCAAGCCGCACGACCUGGUCCGCAAGAUCGACACGCUCUACGAGCACGCGACGAGCUUCGUCAAGCAGUACCCGUCCGACAAGGUCGACAAGGAGGUCACGCCGUACAAGCUCCUCGCGGCAGCAGCCUCGGCCUCCUCGAGCUCGCAGAUCGCGCAGUGGUGGAACGGCCCGGGCAAGACCAUUGAGUGGGCCGAGCACCUGUUGGCGGCCAAGCGUCGCCUCCUCACGCACAUUGAGGAGACCGUGCAGCAGGUCAGCGAGCGCUUCACCGAAGCGGCGAACAGCUUCGACUGGCUCAAGGAGUACCGCAACGAUGACGACGUCGCGGUCCUUCCCUCGGUCAUGUACGCCGCCAGGCUGUCGAGCAUCCUCGCCGACGUCCCAGGCGAGCUCGGCACCGGCAGCUGGCCGUUCGCCGUCGCGGCAAAGGCGGCGCUCCCUCACUGGCUCGACGUCAGGUUUGACUCGAGGAAGGAGGAGGACCCGCUCGAGAUUUUGGCGGCCAUCAGGCGCCUGCCCAAGGACGCUUUCCGCAAGCGCAACGAGGCGCUCGCCGAGAUGCGCACCGAGAUGAGCGCGCUCGUCGCCGCGAACCGGCCUGCCGCAGCUGCGAGCGGGGGCGCGCUCCCAAACCUCGCUCAGGCCUUCCGCUCGACCGGCAGCACGGCAGCCUACGCUCCGCUUCCGAGCGAGCGACCUGCCGCGCAGCAGGGCAACAUCAUGCCGCGCUACUGGGAGAAGCUCUCGAACGACGAGCGCCGCAGCUUCUUGCUCGCGCAGUUCCCGCUCACGCCGGGCACGGCGUCAGUCCCGUCGACGGCGUGCGACAAGUGCAGCCUCGUCGGCCACCUGAGCUACGCCUGCAAGUCGACGUCGCCCGUGCCUGCGGCCAAGCGCAACUACCGUCGCCAGUGGCGCAUGGUCGAGUCCGAGAAGCGCGCCAAGUCGCGCGAGCGCGACCCGCCCAACUGGUUCACCAAGCCUGACAGGCAGGUCAACUUGCUUGGCGAGGUCGACGAGCUCAUGUGGUACGAGGAGGACCUCUUCUACCCGUCGCAGGACGACAUCGACGCGUCGCUUGUCGAGGCGGGAAAAGCCUGA